AGGAGUUCGAAGUUCUCGACAUUUCAUAACCGCUGACGCGAUGUUAGAAGGUUGGCCACUAUGAUAAUGCUUUGGCUAACGGUUUUGUAGUGAUGCUGACGACCAACCAUUUCUUUACAUUGGCGGUGGUUACGAGUCAGUUCAUGUUGUUGUACACGUUGUUUCAUUGUAUUCCAUUCCGAAGUUUAGUGUUCAGGGCACUUGGAGGUGAUCCAUGGGAACUUUUUUCCAAAUCCCAUCUUCAGCAACUGCACCAAGAUACGUGUUAUUGGAGUUCCGGUGAGUCAGACACCGUUGUCUACGAUCCUGAAAACCUUCAUUGGAGCUCAUCCUCUCUUUCUACCUACCUGGAUGAAGUCCACAAUCAAGAUGGCGUCCAGUUUACUCAGCCUCCUACCAAACCAACAAGACAUACUUGGGUUUGGACGUCUGAUGAAGACAGUCAAGAUGAAAGCUACGACGAUGGAGUUUCAGGUAAUGAUGCUGGUUACAUGACAGAGACGACCACAGAGAGUGGUGAUUCAAGCUGUUAUGAGAUUGAAGAGAGUGUAGAGAUCCAACAAUAUCUACCCAAUUCAUCAACAGAGAUGAUUUCCAUGAAGGUCGAGGCUGUGGAUCAAGUGAUGGAUAUGAAGGAUGACAUGAUGGACCAAGUUCUUCAUGGAAAAGUUGAUGCUAAAGUUAGCGAGAGUGUAGUUGGAGGAGAAGUUCUAUCGUCCUCUUCUUUUCAAGAAGAGUCUGCAAACGUUGAGGAAGGUGCUGAUGACAUCAGUGUAGUAAAGAUCGCUCCAAAUGCUGAUGUAGCUUCUACGAACGGUACAGAUGUAGUUAACGACACAGAUGAUGUUGUCUUACAUAGUGACAGCUUACAAGUCUUUGACAGGGUUGUGUUUUGUGAAGAUGUUGAUGGCUUCCAGGAUACACAGAUGACUGAUGGUGAAGAUUGCUGCAGAAAUGAAGUGAAUAACUUCCCCGGAUCUUAUGAGAAACCCAUCAGUACUGAUGGUAUUUUGCAGAGCAAAGCUGUGAAGCUUGGUCUAUUGGCUGCUGGUGUUGGCAUCGGCGCCUACAUUGUCUACAAACUUUGUAUUAAGAAGUAAGAUUAAAUAAUCCAGAGAUUUUAGGAUAAAAACGAUUCUAGUAAUCAAAAACUGAUAUUUACCCGUGAUAUGAUUACGCUUUUCAGAAGCAAAACG